GAUCCGUAUUUUCUAGACCCGACCCUGCCACAUGCCACUACCACUAAGCUGGCGUGAGAUACGAUAUGCAAUGAGCUCCGAAGAACUUCCAUGGCAGAAAGCAAAAAAUGAGUCAUGAAAUUAAUGAUUUUGCAAAUUUCGAUGCCUUUCAACAACCCAAAGAAGAAAACAAGAAAAAAGGGUAUUGACGAUUGAGAUCUUACCGGAGGUGGAUGGUUGCAGUGUUGAUGAUUCGGCGGAGCUCAAAACAAGCGUUGAUUUGGCCCGGAGACGUAAGCGUACCACAGAACAAAUCAACACAAGAGGAAAUGAUGCUGAUGGCAAACGAGAAGAAGAAGCUACAGCAAUGCCUGAGGAAUUGCCUUCUGGCAUUGUGAGGACCAAAAAUCACCCUCUUCACGUGAGAACUAUACAUAUUAGUUCUCUCAUAUUGGCAGCCAAGAGUCCAUUUUUUAAAAAGUUGUUCUCAAAUGGCGCGGAGGUGUCGGAGCAACGGCGUGUUACUGUACAAAUCCAUGAGUCAGAAGAAGCCGCCUUCAUAGACCUCUUGAAGUUUAUGUAUUGUAAUACUUUAUCAACUACAACAUCUACUGGUCUUCUUGAUGUGCUGAUGGCUGGUGACAAAUUUGAGGUUGUGUCAUGCAUGAGAUACUGCAGCAAUGUACUACAGACUCUACACAUGACGACUGAAUUAGCAGUGCUCUAUUUGGAUCUUCCUUCCAAAAUAUCAAUGGCUGAUGCAGUUCAGCCGUUAACAGAUGCUGCAAAACUGUUUCUUGUUCUACGUUUUAGGGACAUAACCAGGUUCCAAGAAGAGGCAUUGAGUUUGCCUCUUUCGGGAAUUAAGGUUGUUCUGUCCAGUGAUGAUCUUCAGAGUGCUUCAGAGGAUGCUGUCUAUGACUUUGCGUUGAAGUGGGCUCGUAAGCAUUACUCAAAGCUUGAGGAACGACGGAAAGUAUGGACCUCACAUCUUUGUAACCUCAUUCGAUUUCCAUUCAUGACAUGCAUGAAGUUGAAGAAAAUCAUGACGUCCAAUGACUUUGGUACAGAGCUUGCUAAAAAGCUUGUCUUAGAGGCUCUUUUUUACAAGGCCGAAGCACCAUAUCAGCAGCGUGCAAUUGCUGCCACGGUGGGAGAUGCUGUCCGCCAUCGUUAUGUGGAGAGGGCAUACAAAUUCAGACCUGUUAAAACUCUCGAGUUUGAAACGCCUCAUCAGCAGUGUGUUGUUUACCUAGAUUUGAAAAGAGAUGAGUGUGCUAUCCUCUUUCCUGCUGGAAAAGUUUAUUCAGAGGGUUUCCAUUUGGGUGGACGAGAGUUUUUCCUGUCAGCUCACUGUAACAUGGAUCUACAAGGUGCAUUCCAUUGCUUGGGGUUGUUUCUGGGAAUGCAAGGGGAGUCUGAGCCAGUUGCAGUUGAUCACGAGUUUUCAGUUCGUAUGGGUCCAGACAAUGAAUAUGUGAGCAAGCACAAGGGAAACUACACCUUGACUAGUGGUGUAGUUGUUGGCUGCAGGAACCUCUGUGGUGUAGCUUGGACCCCUUUUCUGGAUGUAGAUAGUUUGUACUUCGUCGAUGGAAUUCUCCAUCUUCGUGCUGAGCUUACUAUCAGAGAGUAGAGUGAGCUAGAGUUUUGUAGGUUAUAAUGCUUUUUGCCUGUUGUCAGAUUUGUUGAGUAGAUUCAUAAAUUGAUCUUAAUAUAUUGACUUUGAUCAUGUUGAUUCCAGUGGCUUUGUUUCCACCACUGUUAA